UGCUAUCGGUACACUGCAACACUGUAUUUUGGCGGCAAUUUGAACCUUUUUCCGGUGGGGACAAUGGGAGAAGACGCCGGAGAGCCGCCGCCGGACUGCGUAACCGAAACAGUUGCCUCCGAUGAAGCGAAUUAUUGGUCGACGGUAAAUUACUCCGUCGCGCCAUACCGGAACUAUCAUUUUUUCCAGCAGUUCAGAACAAGUCCUUCAAACCCUAACAACUUUCUUAAGGGCGUCAAGUGGUCGCCGGAUGGUUCAUGCUUCCUAACCUGUUCCGACGAUAAUACCCUCCGUGUUUUCAAUUUGCCUUAUGACGACAAUGGCGAAUCUGUCAAUCCCCCUUCCAUGGCGGAUUCUGAUUCAUACGCAGCAAACCUUGUUGUGAGUGAGGGAGAAUCGGUGUACGACUAUAGCUGGUAUCCAUACAUGUCUGCAUCAAAUCCAGAUCUAUGUGUAUUUGCAACAUCAACACGAGACCAUCCUAUCCAUCUCUGGGAUGCCAAUUCUGGGCAGCUGCGCUGCACAUAUCGUGCCUAUGAUGCCAUGGAUGAGAUCAGUGCUGCCUUUUCAAUUGGUUUCAACCCUAAUGGAGACAAGAUAUUUGCUGGAUACAACAAAACUAUUAGAGUUUUUGAGGUUCAUCGUCCAGGAAGAGAUUUUGUUCAAUAUUCAACAGUUACAGAAAACAAAGAAGGGCAAUCUGGGAUCAUAUCUUCUAUUGCCUUUUCUCCUGUUCAUUCUGGGAUGUUGGCUGCGGGAUCCUACAGCCAAACUACUGCCAUAUAUCGAGAAGAUAAUAUGGAAAUGCUGUAUGUUUUGCAUGGCCAAGAAGGUGGAGUCACCCAAGUUCAGUUUUCUAAAGAUGGAAACUAUUUGUACACUGGAGGACGUAGGGAUCCUUAUGUUCUAUGCUGGGAUAUUCGAAAAAACACUGAAAUUGUGUACAAACUUUACAGAUCAUGCGAAGGCACCAAUCAACGGAUACAAUUUGAUAUUGAACCUCUUGGCAGAUAUCUUGGCACUGGUGGUCAGGAUGGCAUGGUGCAUAUGUAUGAUCUUCAGACAGGGCAUUGGGUGUCGAGUUUCCAAGCUGCAUUAGACACUAUCAAUUGUGUAUCUUUCCACCCCUACUAUCCAAUGGCAGCAACUUCGUCAGGACACAGACGAUAUGGAGCUCUAGACGAGGCCGAUGGCGAUGACCGUCUGAGUGGCGACGAAAAUUGUGUAUCAAUUUGGAGCUUUUACCCUUCAACUUCGACAUGAGAUGGAUAAUACAGCAGCAGCAGCAAUUAUUAUCUGGUGGCAUAUUUAUUGUAGACUUUGAUUUAUGAAUAUCCUACCGGGCUUUUUUAGCCAUUGUUAGUUUUAAUUAAGUUAUAUUUACACAGAUAUUUUUUUAAAACUUUUGACAUUAUUUAUUUUUUCUCGUCAGAAUGAGUCUUGGGUCCAAAAAGGGGGGACAUGCUCAAAUAUUGUAAAACUUCUAUGAAAAAAUAACUUUAGCUUUCUUCAAAUUUGCUUCCAUAACGGGUUGAGCUUAUUCUAUCACAACUGUCUCAGCUUAUGUUUAUUAUGUCGAUACAGACUUUGCUAGGAAUGAAAAUGAAUAAUUCAGGCACAACAAUUGGGUUAUGAUAGUAUUAAGCAUCAUAACUUGUUUCAUAGCAAGCCACAAGGUAACAUAAAAUCUUAAAGAUAUUUGUACAUUCAAGGAUCAAAGCACAAAAUCCAACAAUUCUCAAAAAAAAAAAAAAAAAAAAAAAAAAGAGAGAGAGAGACAUGAAAUCAAACACAGCUGCACUUGGCUUGGGCCUCAAACAUGCAGGCAGCAUAUCCAAGAACCCUUCCUUUGUAAUAAAUUCAAGCUAACUUCAGUAUCGAUUGGACUCCAUAUAAAUCCACACAAAAAACACAAAUCUCAAAACUACGCAGUGAUCCU